AUGAAGUGGACUCUCGCUACCGUCACCGCUGUGCUUCUCGCCGCCAGCCCUGCGAUCGCCGCCCCGGCACCCGUUGUGGUUGUCGAGGAUGCAGUGAACACCACGGUCGCUGAGCGUGAGAACUCUGGCGCUGGCAAGCGCAUCGUCCUCUGGGAGUGGACCAACACUCGCGACAUUGACAGUGUCGGCAACCUCCGCACCUCGGCCGGCAAGCUGAGCAGCUCGAAGGAAAUCAAGAACAUCAUGAACUGGGAGACCUGGCGUCCGACUGAGCUGCCUACCGGCCUGUACUACCAGCCCAUGGUCCGCACCAAGGCCCAGACGUCCGGCGACGCCUGGAACAACCUGCUCAGCGCCAUCAACUCUCAGCCCAACAAGAACCAGAAGCCCAUUGUUCACUUCUACAACGAGCCCGAGUACAAUGGCAUCUCGGCCCAGGACGCCGCCAACACUUGGAAGUCGCUCAUGCUGCCCCUGCGCUCCAGCAAGGGCGUCGAGCUCGUCGGCCCAGCCAUCUCCAGCUCUCCCGAGGGUGUUGCCUGGCUCAAGUCCUUCAUGGGCUACCUGAGCAGCAGCGAGAAGCCCAACUACGUCGGCGCGCACUUCUACACCAACAAGGACUCUGGCGUCGAUGGCGAAAUCUCUGCCGCUAAGAACCACCUGUCUGGCCUCAUCUCUAGCUACGGCCUCCCCCUGAUUGUCUCCGAGAUUGCCAGCACCAGCCGUAACUACAACGACGUCUACAAGUUCACCACCACCAUGUCCGACUGGCUUGACGGCCAGAGCAAGGUCAAGAUGUACGGCUUCUUCGGCGUCUCCCGCCAGCCUGUCAACGACUUUGUCAGCCCCCAGGCCCAACUCCUCGACACCUCCGGCUCCUGGACCGCCCUCGGCAAGUACCUCGGCGGCUUCUAA